CUCACCACUAUGGUCACGCCACUGACAUGCCUCUCGGAAUAGCACGGAACCUCGCUGAAAAUUGUACGUAAACUUGCUCUCGUAUAUCGACAGAGUACGAAUCGUAGCUUUAGCAAAGAAGAUUAAAACCCACCUUUUAAGUCCUGGACUAAUUUGGUCGAUUGAUCGACAACUUUAUCGGUACUUCCAGAGGCUUUUGGCUUUGUCUGGCUAACGUAACGAGGUAUAUUUUGGGGAUAGGAGUGGAAUUGUGUGGGCACACGGAAAGGAAGGAGGAUUUCAUCCGAUUCGCCUUAACCUGGGCACUCUUCAUGCAUGUCAGGGGUACAUUCUCAAGGCCACUGCUGCAGGCCACAUACUGAUGGAAACACACUGCCGGAGGCACCAUAGGGGUGCUUUUGAGAAUGACCUAAAGACAAGUUAAAAAACAUAAUCACCCAGAGAACUAUUGAGGACUAGAACAUUCAAUACGUGUUGUGUUUUUCUUUUUUGGCCAAAGUGUGUUUGCUCAGUUAAUACAUUCUCAGAAAAACAAGAAGAGUAACCAAUUGCUGGGACCUGCUCGAACAAGUUAUUCACACAGUGUUUAUUUUCGAAAGAAAUAACACCCCUGUGAAAAAAAGUAAUCACGAUGGCUGCGGAAGGAUAUCAGUACAGGGCACUUUACGACUACAAGAAGGAGAGAGAGGAGGACAUUAACCUCCAUGUGGGGGACAUCUUAACAGUGACCAAAGGGGCCCUGGGGGCCCUUGGGUACAGCGAUGGCCUGGAGGAAAGGCCCGAGGACAUUGGCUGGCUGCCUGGCUUUAAUGAAACCACUCAGGAAAAGGGGGACUUCCCUGGGACAUAUGUGGAGUUCAUUGGGAAGAAGAGGAUCUCUCCUCCCACUCCCAAGCCGAGACCCCCCAGACCCUUACCCAUGGCCCCGGGCUCUUCCAAGGCUGACUCUGGUGAUGAACAAGGCUCAGCCCUACUGGACCUGACGGAGCAGUUUUCCCUCCCAGAGACGGCUCCUCCCAUGCUGGCCAGGCUGCUGGAGGCCAUUGAGAAGAAAGGUCUGGACAAUCCAACUCUGUACAGAACCUUCACAGCCGGUGGUGGACUAGAUGUCAGACAGUGCUUUGACACUGAUCCUCCCUCAGCAGACCUGGACCAGAUGGACCUGCAGAUGUUGUGUGACGGUCUGAGUCGGUACCUGCAGGACCUUCCCCAGCCUGUCAUCCUACCAGCCAUUUACACUCAGCUGGUCCACACCGCCCAAGAGGUGCAGAGCCCUGAAGAGUGUGCCCAGCAGCUGCGCCACAUCGCCAGCGCACCCAGCCUUCCGGCCCAGUACUGGCUCACCUUCCACUGCCUGCUGCGCCACUGGUCCCGGGUGUGUCACAAUGCACCCAAGAACCUGCUCAGCUCCCGCGUGCUGGGAGAGAUCUUCAGCCCCCUGCUCUUCAGACAGCAGGCUGCCAGCUGUGAGCCCAGCCCAGAUGCUCACAUCAAGAUCAUUGAGACCCUUGUGACCAGCGAAUGGACAGAAGCCCAGGCUGCUCCAGCCCUACCUCCCAAGCCGCCCAAACCCACGGCCCCUGCUGUCACUAACAACGGUAUGAACAACAACAUGGCGCUGCAGGACGGCGAAUGGUACUGGGGAGACAUCUCCCGCGAGGAGGUCAACGAGAAGCUGAGGGACACGGCCGACGGUACGUUCUUGGUCCGUGAUGCCUCCACCAAGAUGCACGGCGACUACACGCUCACGUUGAGAAAAGGGGGUAACAAUAAGCUGAUCAAGAUAUUCCACCGGGAUGGGAAGUACGGCUUUUCGGACCCCCUGACCUUCAACUCAGUGGUGGAGCUCAUCAACCACUACCGCAACGAGUCGCUGGCCCAAUACAACCCCAAGCUAGACGUCAAGCUACAGUUCCCCGUCUCCAAACACCAGCAGGAUCAGGUGGUGAAGGAGGACAACAUCGAGGCUGUGGGGAAGAAGCUCCACGAGUACCACCAGCAGUACCAGGAGAAAAACCGAGAGUACGACCGCCUCUACGAGGAGUACACCAGGACGUCCCAGGAAAUCCAAAUGAAGAGGACAGCGAUCGAAGCCUUCAACGAAACCAUCAAGAUCUUCGAGGAGCAGUGCCAAACGCAAGAACGGUACAGCAAAGAGUACAUUGAGAAGUUCAGGAGGGAAGGCAAUGACAAGGAGAUCCAGAGGAUCAUGGGCAACUAUGAGAAACUGAAGUCUCGUAUCAGUGAGAUCGUGGACAGCAAGCGGCGUCUGGAGGAGGAUCUGAAGAAGCAGGCCGCUGACUACCGAGAGAUCGACAAACGGAUGAACAGCAUCAAGCCCGACCUCAUCCAGCUCCGCAAGACCAGGGAUCAGUACCUCAUGUGGUUGACCCAGAAGGGUGUCAGGCAGAAGAAGCUCAACGAGUGGCUGGAAAUCAAGAACGAGAACACGGAAGAUCAAUACUCUAUGGUGGAUGACGAUGAGGACCUCCCCCACCACGACGAGCGCUCCUGGAAGCUGGGAAACAUCAACCGGCUGCAGGCUGAGGCCCUCCUCCGGGGGAAGAGAGACGGAACAUUCCUGGUCCGAGACAGCAGCAAGGCAGGAUGCUACGCCUGCAGUGUUGUUGUGGAAGGUGAGGUGAAGCACUGUGUCAUCAACAAGACGCCCUCAGGGUUUGGCUUCGCCGAACCUUACAACCUGUACAACUCGCUCAAAGAACUGGUCCUCCACUAUCAGCACACGUCACUGGUCCAGCACAAUGACUCUCUGAAUGUUACGCUAGCGCACCCCGUCUACGCACAGCAGAAGCGGUGAGGACCCUCCUGACCAUUCAGUUGGGCAAAAACAUGAGACUUAUUUUCCUAAAAAUGUAUAUUUUUAGGAAAACUUUGGACUCAAAGAUUUAAAAAAUAAAAUUAAGAACUAGGCCCGUGUCUUGCCUACUAACAGACUUUUGACCCACGAGAGAGGAAAGGACUAAAGAGACUAACGCCUGAAAACAUUUCAGUGACUGUGAACUGACUGUGAGCAGUGGCGAGAGCCUGAAUGUAGUUUUGUCUCUCGUGCGUAUUGUGGGAGCACAGAGUCGAGGUGAAACUGCUGAACUCUCUCACCAGCGGAGGACAUUGGAGGCCUUUUCCUAAUGGUGCUUGUUCUUUUCAAAGCUUUACCAGCUGGAAUGUCAAAACGCAGAUAAAACUUGAGUGCAUCAUUUUUCUUUUUCUUUUCCCCCCCUUCUUGCGUUUUUACUUUCAAGUCUAUCUCCCUGCGGGUGUCUGUGUGUGAGUGUGUGUCCAUGUGACCAAAACUCACAGUAUCUGAAAGCUGUUGGGGGUGUCUAACACACGUGUAAGUGUUCAGUGACAGACCAUGGAUCAGCUGAUAAAUGUAGCAAAAUGGCACUUUUGACAAAGUAUAAUCGUUUUCUUGAAAAGACUCCUACGGACUUACAGUGCAGAGACUCUAAACUGAUCUCUACUGUGGAUGAGUGAAAAUAUGAACAGACUUGAAAUGGAAAUACUUCAUUAUGUAUAUAUACAGAGGGGAACGUCAGUACACAGCAAACCUACCGCACCAUACCAAAAAAAAGCUCAGUUACUGUUCAGUUAUGUCCUAAUCUGCUAUGCAAUUAUGUAUCUCCCUUAUUUCUACAAAGUUGUUUUUAUGCUGUUGCAAACCCAUAAUAAGCUUGUUUUUAAUGCUUGAGAAAGUUUAUUUCCCCAUGUAAAUAUCCAAGAGGAUAUUUUGUGUCAAAAUGCCAUGAUAAAAACUGCUUCAGAUUUUUAAGAAAGUAAAUAAUAGUAACAUAUACUUUAUUACAAAUGACUUUAUCAGCAACGGAUAUAAAGAUGGAAAAGAUGAGUAUUUUAUUAGUACUUUUUUUUGCUUCAAACUGAUGUUCUCAGGCAGAGCCUUUUGAGUAUUUGACAGUUGCUUCAGUCACAAGAAAUAUUUCUAACAUAGCCAUGUGUUUUUAGGUCUUUGUCGAAACAACGGUAGCAUCCCAAGUGGCACCCUAUUCCUUAUAGUAUACAGGGAAUAGGGUGCCAUUUUAGAAUGAUGGGAAUAUUUGUUGAUUACUGCAAUCAUAAUGGUGCAUGUUGUACUCACCUUUUCAACCAUCUCCAUGGAAACAACAGUAUAGAUUUAUUUUGUUAUAUAACCUUUCCCCAAAGAAAUCACAGCAAAUCGGUGUCUUGAAAUGAUGGAAAUUGUUAUUAAAAAGAUCAAUUGGGAGACAUUUUAUCUUCCCCUA